UUUUCCUGCAAUUAUUGUUUCCUUCUCUCUUCCUUGUCUGUAUUUGACUUCUCUUUCCUCUCCCAUUGCAAACUACCAAUAUUAUUUCCAUCUUCCCACUGUCACUGGGGCGUCUCCACUUUAGUGCAGCACUCCUCCAUGCUUUAGUCACUAUGAAUGAGGGGCAAGUAAGCCAAAAGUAGGACCAGGAGUGCUCCAGGCCAAGUAAGAAGCCUUAUACUGGGUGAAUGUAGAAGCCAGACUGCUUAUGCUGAGCCUCUGUUUACCCACAGACAUGACAGACUCCAGCAAGAUGACCAUCAACUUGGCCCUCUUUGGCAUGACUCAGAGUGGAAAAAGUUCUGCUGGGAACAUUCUUCUGGGGAGCACUGACUUCCACAGCAGCUUUUCUCCAAGUUCUGUAACCAAAGAUUGCUGUCUGGGCCGCAGUUGUCACCUCUGUGGCUUCAUGCGUCGAGGCGGCCAAGAGAUAACCCUGCAAAUCCAAGUGCUGGACACUCCAGGUUAUCCACACAGCAGGCUGAAGCAGGAGCGUGUGAAACAGGAGGUCAAGGAGGCCCUGGCACAUCACUUCGGGCAGGACGGUCUCCAUCUUGCGCUGCUGGUCCAGAGAGCAGAUGUGCCUCUCUGCCGACAGGAAGCAUCUUCCUCAGUCCAGAUGAUUCAGGAACUUCUGGGACAUGCUUGGAAGAAUUACACUGCCAUUCUUUUCACCCAUGCAGAGAAAAUAGAAGAGGCUGGGUUCAGUGAAGAUAAAUACUUGCAUGAGGCCUCCGAUACACUGCUGACCCUCCUAAGUUCUAUUCAGCGCAGAUAUAUUUUCCAGUAUAAAAAAGGAGACUCACUUAAUGAACAAAGAAUAAAAAUCUUAGAAAGAAUCAUGGAAUUUAUAAAAGAAAAUUGCUACCAAGUUCUUACCUUUAAAUAAAAUUUAGAUAAAAGGAAAAGAAAAUUGGGUUUUAGAGUCAGAAACCUUGUUUCAAAAUGCCUCUGUUAGAGCGGAUGAAGACUGUCAGAAUUCCCAUAGGCUGCUGUU